GUUCGUCGUGAUAGGACGUGGAUUUUUUUUAACCUCUCUCUCUCGUAUUCGUCGUUACAUCGUUCCUUAUAUGUUUCUCUUACGUCAAAACGCGUGGCUCUAUUACGAUCAUUUUCUUCAUUUUCCUUAUUUUCUUUUCUUUACUUUUUAAUCGUAUCAAUAGAGCACAAACGUUCGGUGUAUUUCACAUUUUUAUUUCAUAAUUUCUUUUUCAUAUUUUUCCUCCUCGUAUCAUCAUUAUCAUUAUCUGAUUAUCAUUAUCAUCAUCAUCAUCAUUAUUAUUAUUAUUUUUAUUAUUUUUAUUAUUAUUCGUGAGAAGUGUGUGUUAGUGCUACGAAGUAAAGUGUCAACGAGGGAAUUUCAAUCCUGCAGAUCGAGUCCAUCGAGGAAGGAGGAGUGAGAAAGACAGAGAGACAGAGAGACAGGGAGAGAGAGAGAGAGAGAGAGAGAGAGAGAGAGAGAAAAUCGAAUCUUUCAACUGUUUUUCUAUUUUUUUUUUUUCUUUUUUUAUAAUAUUAAACAGGAGCCGUAUCCUUUGGAAGAAUUUCAUCGAUCUCGUAAAAAGAACGGGAAAGAAAAAAGAAGAAAAAAGAAAAAGAUGCUGCGGUCGGACAGUGUACCAUCCUCUGCAUCUGGGCGGCAAGAUUGCACUCCGAUUAUGAUGUGAUUCCGUGACCGUGGAAUCGUCAGGAAGAGCGAGGUCCUCGCAAUGGAGGCGGGACCGAAUCAGCAAUCUCACCAGCAGCAGCAGCAGCAGCAGCAGCAGCAACAACAACAGCAGCAGCAGCAGCAGCAGCAGCAGCAGCAGCAGCAGCAAACUCAGCAAGGAUCGCAGCAACAGUCCGCAGCUAACGUUUGCCCGGGCCAAUCACAAUUGGCCAGUUCUCAGGUCUCCGUUGCUUCAGGCCAAUCCCAAGGUCAUACACAGCAACAGGAUAAUACCAGUGGUAUCGCAGAGACUGGACCAGUCGAGGAAGGUGUACUUCUUGCGAGGGUUCACGUGCCGGAACUCUACGUUAGCAAGUGUCUUCAAUUUCCUAAGGAUCAACUUGUUUGGGACGUGAAGCAACAAUGUCUGGCAUCUUUACCCAAGGUGGCCACUUGGUACAGGGAGCUGAAGGAGAGCUUCAAUUAUGGCCUCUUCUGUCCUCCAGUCAAUGGAAAGGCUGGAAAAUUUUUGGACGAGGAACGUCGCCUUGGCGAUUAUCCUUUCAAUGGUCCUGUUGGUUACCUAGAGCUGAAGUACAAAAGGCGUGUCUACAAGAUGCUACAUCUCGAUGAGAAGCAGCUAAAGGCAAUGCACACGCGUACCAAUCUACGAAGGUUGUUAGACUACGUAGCUAAUAGUCAAGUUGAAAAGAUAGCCAAGAUGUGCAGUAAGGGCCUGGAUCCGAAUUUUCAUUGUCAGGAGACUGGAGAGACACCAUUGACAUUAGCGACGAGUUUAAAAAAACCAUCGAAAGUGAUCAUAGCAUUGGUAAAUGGUGGUGCCCUUUUAGAUUAUCGUACGAAGGAAGGUUUAACGGCUAUGCACCGUGCCGUCGAAAGAAAUAGUUUAGAGGCCGUUAAAACGUUAUUGGAGUUAGGCGCAAGUCCCAAUUACAAGGACACCAAGGGCUUGACGCCACUUUAUUACAGCGUUAUCAACAAAACUGAUCCGAUGCUUUGCGAGACUUUAUUGCAUGAUCAUGCUACCAUUGGGGCACAGGAUUUACAAGGGUGGCAAGAAGUUCAUCAGGCUUGCCGAAAUAAUCUGGUACAACAUCUCGACCAUUUACUAUUUUAUGGUGCCGACAUGAACGCACGUAAUGCGUCCGGUAACACCCCGUUACAUGUCUGCGCUGUUAACAACAAUGAUUCCUCGUGCAUACGUCAGUUAUUGUUCAGGGGGGCGCAAAAGGAUAGCCUGAAUUAUGCGAAUCAGACACCUUAUCAGGUUGCCGUUAUCGCCGGUAACAUGGAACUAGCCGAGGUCAUCAAGAAUUAUCAACUCGAAGAAGUUGUACCAUUUAAAGGGCCACCUCGGUACAACCCAAAACGAAGAUCAAUGGCAUUCGGUGGAACAUCAAUGAUGUCAACGAGCUGUUCAGCUAGCAAUUUGGGGACCCUAACUAGGAUACCAUCAACGGAACAACAUGCCGCUGGUGGAUCUAAUACUGGUAGCUUAACACGUACGAUAUCAGUGGAACAAUAUUCGAGUACUGGUAACAAUUUAACAAGAGUACCAUCGGCUGAUCAAUACGUAACAACAACAACAACAACAACAACAACAACGGCUAGUCUAAACAGAGUAUCAUCUGCGGAUCAACAAUAUGUUAAGGGUGGUGGUAUAACCUCAGUUGAGCAAUAUACAACUGGUACACUUAUUAGAGUACCAUCAUCCUCAUCAUCUUCCUCUUCCUCUUCUUCUUCUUCUUCUUCUUCUUCUUCAUCAUCAUCAUCAUCAUCAUCAUCGUCUUCGUCUACUUCGUCAUCUUCUUCUACAACUGCUGAACAACAACAGCAACAACAACAACAACAACAACAACAACAACAAAAUCAACAAAACGAUUUUACCACGUUGCCCAGAAUAAAUCAUCCUCCGUCCACGGAAUCAUCAUCGUCGUCAACAACAAUUACAGCAACAACAGCAACAACAACAACAACAACAACAACAACAACACCGAUCCUAGUUGUUGCACCAUUAAAUACUACUACUGUUGUCAAUCGAGUACCGUCCAUCGAAGCUACCAGAAAUGAUAUACAAAGAAUACCGUCCGAACAACAACAACAACAACAACAACAGCUACAGCAACAACAACAACAACAACAACAACAACAACAACAACAAAUAUCGCAAUCGUCGCAAAUUUUACAACAGCAUCAUCGUAAUCAUCAUCAUCAUCAUCAUCAUCAUCAUCAUCACCACGUAGCUACUAUCAGAACGACUGAACAACAGAACCGGCAUAACUCCGAGUACCAGAGUCCAAAUUCACUGAGGGAUCCAAACGCGAGAUUGCCGAUGGAGAACUAUCAGAACAUAAGAAUGGAGGGCCUGACGAGGCUGCAGGAACAUCGGCUCGAGUUGCAACACCGUUUGGACAUUCACAGGACAAUGGAGAUGCCACCGUCGCCAUCCCCCAGUAGCAGAAGUCUUGCACCUUUCAGCUCGGCUAGCUCGAGCCUAUCAGAAGGCAGCAAUCAACCGUCCGGUGAAGAUUCUGCUAGCAUUGUUACAGACAAAAGUCUUGGAGAUACAGCGUCAGACGUGAUCAGUGAUAGCUCAGGAGUUGGUACCUCACAAUCGGACACUACUAAUUCAUUGUCGAUACCUGGGACUACUGUCGUCUGUGUUGAAAGUUAUAACAGUGGGAUACUUGGACAUUUGACGAUCAAUCAAGGAGAUAUUCUUGAAGUUACCGGUGCUACAGAUUGUGGUUUACUCGAAGGAGUAUUACGUGGCCAGGGUACAGGAUUAUUUCCAGCACAUUGCGUACAGGAAGUUAGGCUACGUCAUACGAAUAUACCAUUGGGUCCGUUACCAAUAAGAGACGGAAGAAAUAGGGUAUUAGGCCGUAGAGAGUCCCAACACAAAUAUUUCGCUACAGCGCCAAGAUUGAAGAAACCAGUUACUUCAGAGCCACGUACGGUAGUACUACAUCGAUCCAGAAAAGGUUUUGGUUUUGUUUUACGUGGUGCCAAAGCUACGUCACCGUUAAUGGAAUUGACACCAUCAGCGAGAUAUCCAGCUUUACAAUAUCUCGAUGAUGUUGAUCAAGGUGGUGUAGCAGAUCUUGCUGGUCUCCGUAAAGGAGACUUUCUUAUCCAAAUCAACGAGGAGGACGUGACAACAGCAUCUCACGAGCACGUUGUCGAUCUGAUUAGAAAAUCGGGCGAGUUGGUACGAAUGACAGUUGUCUCGCCUGUGAUCAGCCUUCCAAAUUCACAAUCGGCAGCCGCAUUGCCGACUAGUCAACCAAUUCAAAGACAGUAUGCAACAUUGCCGCGUAAAGGUAACAACAAUGUGCCAAUUGGUGGUACCUUAGGUAGAUCACCAGCACCAAUGCCACCGCGUAGAGAUCCAAAAACAACGUUGAGCGUUGGCCGUGCCAGAGCUAGAUCAAUGGUAGCUGGAUUAGUAGAAGGGGGCGGGGAACGUGAUGACAGGGAUGAAAUCACAUCUACGGGAGCUAAAUCUAGCAGCGCGGAAUCCAUUCAUUUACCUCAGCAACCAUCGACCGGUCCAAAUACAGGUCAAAAUACACCGGUUCAACCGAGAACAGCUAGUAUUAGAUCAAGGCCAACAUCUAGUAGAAUAACAGCCGCUGAACUCGAGGAAUUAUUUCAACGACAGCAAGGUAGUACAAGCGGUCAAUAUAGUUCAUCGAUGAUGAGCUCGCACUUUCAAACUGGUCAAUCUACAAAGUCACAUCCUUCCUCGCCUGCUAAAACUGGCAGGGUCUAUGCUAGCGUAGCUGAAAUGAAACGAAAAGGAAAAUCGAACUCGAGAGUACGUUUCUUCGGUGGUCUUGGUGGUGGUUCCGAUCUCCACAGAGAUUUCCACAGUACACCGGAUCUUAACAUACAAGCACAGUCGUCGAUCUUGGUUCCAAAGGGUCAUAGAAGUCAAGAGGACGUUAAUGCGGUGAAUGGUAGAAAUGGAUUGCCACCGCCUAAUCAUCCCCCACCACCACCACCGGUUGGUCAGGUCGUUAAAGUAAACGUUGGGGCUAACGUACCCGACGUUGUUACACCGGCUUCCGUUUACGACAACAUGGCGCAUAUCCAACAAGUCAAAGAAUUAGCAGCAGCUACGGCGGAUGGUGGUUACGGUGUAAUGUCAAGUUUUCGACCGACGAACAGCGCAAAAUUAUACGCCUCGCCGGAAGACAUGAAAACUGUUGGUUAUCGGUCAAGAAGUUUACCAGCCCAUACAACAAGAUCACACGUUAGAAAAUCUCAUAGUCUUCGUGCACCUAACAAUACGACAUUCAAACCUACGUCGGUUGGCCAACAACAGAGUACCGGAAACGCUACGGGAAAUAGUACUGGCAAUGGGACAUCUAUCAAUCUAUCUAAUACCAAUAACAAUCAAUACGCACAACCAUUGAAGACUAACAGGAGCCACAGUACGGCCGGUAUUAGAGAAAGAAAGAAGAAAGUGAUCGGUACGAGUUCCUCCGUGACAAAUUUAUCAUCGCUAAGUAAUACCAAUGGCAAUGCCAAUGGUAACAAUAACAAUAACAAUAAUAAUAAUAAUAAUAAUAAUAAUAAUAAUAAUAAUAAUAAUAACGGCUGCGGUGCAGGUGUUGGUCUUGGUGGUGGAGGUGGAGGUGGUGCUGGUGUUGUUGGUAAUGGCAGUGGCCCGGUUGUACCGUCAUCGGCACCACCAAUACCAGAACCAGAUUACAGUCUUUCGGAGUCCGAGAACGACGACGAAGCAGAAGAGGAUACAGACGAGGAGGCCGAAUCGGAUAUAGCUAAGGAAUUAGAAAAGGCCGCGGCACGUGAUAAAUUGGAAUCAACCCGUGAGACCUCAGGUAAUUCGAAUGCAUCCGGUUCGAGUUCUUCAGGUUCGAGUUCGUUGCCUCAUUCGUUUAGCGUCGAGGAAAUACAAAAAGUAAGGACCCAAUUGAAAUCAUCGAAAAGCCAUCCCAACGAUUUUCUAUUGCAACAAACUCAACAGUCGUUGGCAGAGGACGGUGACAACAGUUCGAGCGGGGUAAGCUCCGAUCAGGAUGUACCAGUAGGUCCACCAAUGGGUUUCGACGAUACAACUAGCGUUAGGAAUCAUCCUAAUGAUAUUAAUCAACAACACGGCGGCGGUACAUUGUUAACAAUUGGUAACAACGAUAAGGAAUCUGGUAAUUCGAAGCGUACCGGUUAUGGGGGUAGUGGUAUGUUAACCAGGCAUGCCGUCAGUCUUGCACAAUUACCACCACCCAUUGAGGCAGAUUCCGAGGAUCAAAACAAUGAUCUAUUUGUACCACCACCGCCGGAAUUUAAUGCUGGACCAUCAGCUGCAGCUGCCGCUGCUGUUGCUGCUGCUGCCGCAGCAGCUGCUGCCGCCGCUGCCGCUGCCGCUGCCGCUGCUAAUACUGUUAACACCUCUAACGUUGCCAACGUUGCGGACGAACUGGUCUUUGCUCCGCCCCCGCAAUUCUCUGACAACAAACAACAACAACAGCAACAACAGACCCAACAGAAUCGUGUCAAGAUCAUUGGGGCUAUUCCAAAAGUCACUGGGAACCAAGUUAAAGCUUCGGCCGGACGAUUACAUAGUCAAUGAAUUAAUCCGCAUAAUGUAUAACACACGGACACACACAUAUACGCAUACACACAUACACACACACACACACACACAAACACACACGUGCGCGCGCGUGCGCAUCAGACAGAUAGAUAGACAGACAGACAGUCUCUCUCUUUGUCGUUAAAAUUUGCAAUUAUUGAUAUGAAGAGUCAAUACUUAAAUCGUAGUGGAAUUUUUGAUAAGCUCUCUGCGUGACGUUUUGAAUGGAUAUAUUUGUUUUUUUUUCCUUUUCCUUUUUGUUUCCUCUCUCCUUUUUUUUUGUUUUUUUUUUUUUUUUUUUUUUUUUUGAGAGGAAAAGAUCACUCAUUCCAAGCCAGUCUUCUCGCGUUCUAACACUUGCGCUGGUGGAUUUUUUUUUCUUUUUUUUUCUUUUCUUGAAGAAAAAAAGAGAGAAAGAGAGAGAGAGAGAGAGAAAGGGAGAGAGUACUGGCCUAACGAAAAGAGACAGACAUAACAAAUUCUACUACAAAUGCUCCUCCGAGGCAAAUAAAAUUUUUUAGAACGCAUGAAUAAAAAGAAAAGAAAAGAGAAGAAAAAAAGAAAAGGAGGAAGAAGAAGAAGAAGAUAAUAAUGAUAAACGAAAUAUAGGAAUGAAAAAGGAUAAGACGGGAUAAUCGAGGGAAGUCCUUGAAGACUUGAGAAACUCGAAGAUAAAGAAGGAGAGAAAAAGAUGAAGUUGAGGUGGGAAGGGGAGGGGGAGAGAGGAAUGGAAAUUAAAACCAAAAAAAAAAAAUUAAUAAAUAAACAAUUAAAUAAAUAAAUAAAUAAAUAAAUAAAUAAAUAAAUAAAUAAAUAAAUAAAUUGUAAACGAGCUGAAUGAUUGGAGAAUGAAUGAAUUUUUAGAAAGUCGUCGGUUUGUUUUUUCCAUGUUUCUACCGAUUAUUAUAGUAUACAUAAAUAAAUAGAAAGAAGAGAAAUGACAGUGAUAA